UCUGAGGAAUUGACUUAGGAUUGCCAACAAAAGAGAGUGAAGAGUAGAGAAACACUCUCUCUGUUUGUGUUCUUUCACAUUCUUCAUAGCUUUUGGGGUUUUUUUCCUUUGUUUCUGAAAAGAGUCCUGGUCAAAUUAAUUGGAUUGGAUGGGUAAGACAGUUCAGUUGAAUGGAUUCCAUUCUGCUGCGACUGCAGAGGCAGUUAAGGAAUUUGUGGAGCGAUAUACAGGUGAAGGAACUAUUUUUGCUAUUAAGAUUAGGCAAUGCAAAGGUAAGCGUCCACUGGCAUAUGCUAUCAUACAAUUCACCACCACUAGAUAUGCUGAGUUGAUUAUCUCCUUGGCUAGUAAACGCCUAUGGUAUGGGACCUCUUAUUUGACGGCUCGGGAAAUGGAGCGUGAUAUUGUACCAAAGCCAAGAACCUUUCUGCAUAGCAUGGAAAAUAUAAAGCUGCAUCUUGGCUAUCAGAUUUCAAAUAAAAAAUUUGUAACUCUAUGGAAAGCAGUGAAUGUUUCUGUGAAAUUUGGGGCUGGAUUACAGAAAUUACAAUUUUUUUUGUCCCAUAAUUAUGUGGAAUACAAACUUGAUCUUUCCUAUGAGAAUAUUUGGCAAAUUGAUUUACAUUGUCCUCCUGGUCAAUCUACAAAGUAUCUUCUGAUUCAGUUAUUAGGCGCUCCUCGGAUUUAUGAGAAGGCUGUACGCACAUCAGGAAAUGAAUUUGACAAUCCUAUUUUUAAUUAUUUCAUGCAUAUUCCUGAUGAUCAAUGGAUCCGUGCAACUGAUUUCACUCCAUCAUGCUGUGUUGGGCAGUCUUCUUUUUUGUGUUUGGAGCUUCCUUCUGGUCACCAACUACCAAAUUUUCAGGAGAACUUUGUUUUUUACAAAGAAAGUGAAGAAGAAUAUAUCCUGGAACUUGGGUCUAGUUUUUCAUCCAAUCUGGAUCUAGUGCCUGUUGUUAGUCCUCCGCCUGGUGUUGCUUUACCAUAUGAGAUCUUGUUUAAAAUUAACUCGUUGGUUCAGAAUGGUUGUCUUGCAGGACCAACACUUGAUGCUAGUUUUUACCGCUUGAUUGAUCCAAGAAAAAUUAAGAUUUCCUACAUAGAACAUGCCCUGGAGAAACUCUUUCACCUAAAAGGAUGUUGCUAUGAGCCUUCGAAGUGGCUCAGUGAGCAGUAUAAAACGUACAGCACAUCAAGGUAUCCUCAAAAGUCUCCUUCUAUAUCAUUAGACUCUGGGUUGGUGUACGUACAUAGGGUUCAGAUAACACCUUGUAAAGUUUACUUCUGUGGUCCAGAAAUUAAUGUAUCAAAUCGUGUCCUACGCAAUUAUCCUGAAGAUAUUGAUAAUUUUCUUCGUGUCUCAUUUGUUGAUGAGGAAUUAGAUAAAAUGUAUUCAACAGAUUUAUCUCCACGUGCAUCUUCUGGGAAUGGGGAUAGAAGAACCGGAAUCUACAAAAGGAUUCUAUCUAUUCUUAGAAAUGGCAUAGUGAUUGGUGAUAAGAGGUUUGAAUUUCUUGCAUUCUCAUCAAGUCAAUUACGGGAGAAUUCAUUGUGGAUGUUUGCUUCAACAAAAGGAUUUAAUGCUGCUGGUAUCAGAGAGAAGAUGGGCACUUUUCAUCAAAUUAAAAAUGUGGCGAAAUAUGCUGCCAGACUGGGUCAAUCCCUCAGUUCAUCCACAGAAACUCUUAGUGUUAGUAGGCAUGAAAUUGAAAUUAUUCCUGACAUAGAGAUUAAAUAUGGUGGGGUCAAUUAUGUCUUCUCUGAUGGAAUUGGAAAAAUAUCUGCUGAAUUUGCUAGGAAAGUGGCUUUAAAAUGCAAUUGUAAGGGGCAAACUCCAUCUGCCUUUCAGAUUCGAUAUGCUGGGUACAAAGGUGUUGUGGCAAUUGAUCCGACCUCAUUUGUGAAAUUAUCAUUAAGGAAGAGCAUGUCUAAGUAUGAAUCUAAUAACACAAAGCUAGAUGUUUUGGCAUUUAGCAAGUUUCAACCUUGUUUUCUAAAUCGCCAAUUGAUCACCCUUUUGUCUACCCUUGGAGUUAAGGAUUAUGUUCUUGAGAAAAAACAAAGAGAAGCUGUAGAACAACUUGAUGCUAUAUUAACAGAUCCAUUAAGGGCACAGGAGGCUCUGGAUUUGAUGUCCCCAGGAGAGAAUACCAGUGUUCUAAAGGAAUUACUCAUGUGUGGUUAUAGGCCUGAUUCUGAACCAUUUCUUUCUAUGAUGCUGCAGACUUUCCGGGCAUCAAAGUUGUUGGAAUUAAGGACUAAAACAAGAAUUUUUAUUCCAAAUGGAAGAGCAAUGAUGGGAUGUCUAGAUGAAACCAGAACCUUGGAAUAUGGUGAGGUAUUUGUGCAGUAUUCUUGCAAUAGACAUGGGCAGCUAUACAAUGAUUUCAGCAUGUGCCAUGGCAGUGGAUCAGAUCAGAAAGUUGUUGUGGGGAAAAUAGUUGUUGCAAAAAACCCUUGCUUGCACCCAGGAGAUGUGCGUGUUUUGAAGGCUGUUAAUGUGCCAGCUUUGCACCAUAUGGUGGACUGUGUUGUAUUUCCCCAAAAAGGAUCUAGGCCCCAUCCAAAUGAGUGUUCGGGUAGUGACUUGGAUGGAGAUAUCUACUUUGUCUGUUGGGAUCGUGAACUCCUUCCUCCUCAGCAAAUUCAGCCAAUGGAUUACACUCCAGCACAAAGUCUGCAGUUGGAUCAUGAUGUUACCAUUGAGGAAGUCGAGGAGUAUUUUACCAAUUACAUAGUCAAUGACAGCUUAGGAAUUAUUGCCAAUGCCCAUACUGCAUUUGCAGAUAAAGAGCCUUUAAAAGCAAUGAGUGACCCAUGCAUAGAGCUUGCGAAGCUAUUUUCAAUUGCGGUUGACUUUAAUAAAACUGGUGUGCCGGCUGUAAUACCACCUAAGCUUCAUGUCAAAGAAUAUCCAGAUUUCAUGGAGAAGUCUGACAAAGUCACCUAUGAAUCACGCAAUGUGAUUGGAAAGCUUUUCCGGGAGGUGAAAGACAUUGCACCAAAUACUAACUAUUUUAAGUCCUUCACUGCCGAAGCUGCAAGGAGGUCAUAUGACUCUGAUAUGGAAGUUGAUGGCUUUGAGGAUUUCAUUGAUGAUGCUGCUUAUUACAAGGAAAUUUACGACAACAAGUUGGGAAACUUGAUGGACUAUUAUGGCAUCAAAACUGAGGCUGAGAUACUCAGUGGUAAUAUUAUGAAGAUGGGCAAGUCUUUCACUAAGAGAAGAGACUCAGAAGCAAUUACUAUGGCUGUAAGGUCCUUGAGAAAGGAAGCUAAGGCCUGGUUCAAUGAGAGCGGAGAAGCUGAUGAUGUAUACGCAAAAGCUUCAGCAUGGUACCAUGUCACAUAUCAUUAUAGUUAUUGGGGUGCCUACAAUGAGGGUAUGAAUCAAGAUCAUUUCCUUAGCUUUCCAUGGUGUGUUUAUGACAAGCUGAUCCACAUUAAGAAGGAAAAGGCGAAAAAAAGAAGGGCUCAAAACCUGUCUUCUCUGGAACACCAGUUCACCCGUGGAUUGCGUUUGAGUUGAGAAAUUUGCAUUUGUUGUCCCCUCUUGAACAUUUGAUGAUCUCUAUAGCUUAACUUUUCCUUUAACCUUAUCAUGUGUAUGUAAAUAGAAAGUUCAGAAUUUAAGGUUUGUACGUAAUAUUUGCUUCUUUUAGUGGUGUAUAAUAUUCUGUCACUUCAAUAAAAGAUGUAAAUGCCUAAGCUGAUGA